CCUCAGUAGCUUUUAAUACUAACCAGUCCUCAGUGAGCAGUCCAUCAUAGGCCCUCCAGGACCAAUCGUAGAGUCGACACAGUCCUCCGAGCCAUAACUAGAAAAAUGGAUGCUAAGAACACCAGCCCAAGCACAAACAGCGGUGGACAAGGAACUGGAUCAAGCACCGGACCAUUCACAAGAUCUCGCAACCGGAAUCGCAACCGCAACAAGCACAACAACACCGGAGCUGCAACACAGUUACAAAAUGACAAGAAAUUCACCGGACUUGAUCAAGAUGAACUCAAAGGGCUCAUCGUCAACACUUCCAGCUCACAGCAGUAUGACAAGCUGUUUGAGGGGCUGAAGGUAAUGGCAGGAAAGCUCAACUCCAAGGUCAAGACAACACUACUAUCAUUCAAAGCACUCACGGAAAUGGAUUUCGUACCACCAAUGCCAGAGAUCUCAGAGUACACGACGAUCACUAAUGGGAUAGCCACUGAGGAUACAAACAAGAAGAGUCUGCUAAACACAGCAUGGCUGGAAAAAAACAAGAGAUCAACUAAGAAGUUUGAGAAGUACGAGGAGGACCUAAAGCACUUGUUCUCCUGCAUCGAGGGGCAGCUAAGCCCAGGAGUGAAACAGCAACUCAAGGCACACAAGAACUGGACAAGAACGGAGGAAAGACAGGACACAAUUGAGUUACUUACACUACUGCGAGAAUACUGCUACCGAGACAGUAACACCAUGGUUCAUCCGAUGAUCGAUGUAAUAAACAAGGUUACCAAAUUCCUCGGCUGUAAGCAGGAUCACAACAAGGAUGCAGCAACCUUUGUGGAUGAAACAAAGGCCAGAUUCAACGUCCUCAAAUCAGCUGGGAUCCAAAUCUGGUCAUCCGACAUGGCAGAGUAUACCAUAGAAAGACACUUCAAAGGAGAAGAGACACUCUCCUCAUAUCUUGCAAAGGACAGAGAGGACCAAAAGCCGAUAAACGACGCCAUGGGAGAGCUACUGUUGGCCACAGUGAUAGCUAACGGAUGCCACCCGAGGGCGCACCGUAAUCUAGCCGGUGUGUUGAAGGAUAGCUACAGUCUGGGAACGGAUGCAUACCCAACAACAACACCGAAAGCACUGGAGCUGUUGAACCAGUAUCGGGCCUUCCCUGGUAGCGGGGGUAGAGGCCAACACAACGCGAACAACAACAGCAAUAACAACAACCGAGCAUCGCAUAAUCAAGGCGGACAACGAGGACAAAAGGAAACAGACGAAACAGCGUUUGUCACACGCGGCGAGCAAUCAAGAAACAAUGGAGGCAUGACCGUACAAGAGGCCACACAGGUGUUCAUGGAUGCAGAAAAGGAAGGGGAUGAGACAGAUGAACUUUGCUUUGUUCAACUGAGCGAGACCGAGCACAAAGGAACUGGUGACUCACCAAUCGAUCACCACACAAGCAAAGAGUUCCACCUACUGUUGUCCCAAACGAAGGGGCGAGUAAACCAAAACUGGAUCUUGCUGGACAGCCAAGCAACAUGCAAUUGCAUCUGCAACCCAAGAAUCUUGCACAACAUCCGAGUUCACCCAAUGGGAGAAAGGAUUCGUAUCCACUGCAAUGCUGGCAGCGUCCUGGUAGACAAGAUCGGGGACCUCCCAGGGUUCGGACCGGUUUGGUACCAGGAAGGGGGCCUCGCAAAUGUACUAUCACUGGGACUGGUAUCAGAUAGCCACCGGGUGACAUUGGACACAGCCAUUGCUCAAUCAUUCUUUGUCCACAAGGAUGAUGGAACUACCAGGCGAUUCGACAGGACCUCAUGCGGACUGUACGCCUGCGACAUCACCGACACGAGUGGAGUGAUUCUUACAGUCACCACAGUAAAAGGUCAAAAACAGCUCUACUCGGAUCUGGACCUAAAGAGGGCCAAGACAGCCCGGAAGCUGCAAGACACUCUGGGAUUCCCAAGCCUGAAGGCUUAUCUCCACAUGAUUGAUAACAACCUAAUACUUAACUGCCCAGUAACAAGGAGGGAUGUCCUGAUGGCUGAGGACAUCUACGGUGUGAAUACCAACAUCGUAAAAGGGAAGACUGUCCGCAGGCGCCCCCCACACGUGAGGGAGGACGUUGAGCCAGUGCCCGCAAGCAUUCUUGAGAGAUACAGGGAGGUCACACUUGGGAUUGAUGUAUAUACAGUAAACGGCAUCAAAUUUCUACGGUCAAUCUCAAGGCACCUGCACUUCCGGACCAGUAAGUCAAUCACCAACGCCAAGAGCUCAACACUCCUGGCCUGCAUCAAGUCAAUCAUAGGAGUGUAUGCCUCACGGGGGUUCAAAGUCACCCAAAUAUUCGGAGACAAUGAGUUCAACUGUCUCAAGGAUCCAAUGCUGACAUGGUCACCACCAGUGCAGUUUCAUGGGGCAGCCCCCGAUGCACAUGAACCAUUCAUCGAGCGGGAUAAUCGAACCAGCAAGGAGCGCGUACGCUGUACAUUUGCGUCAGUCCCAUUCAAAACAAUGCCCCCUCGGAUGGUCAUCGAGCUCGUGAAUGGGGUUGAUUUCUGGCUGAACCACUGGUGCAGCUCAAGUGGUGUAUCACAGACAAUGUCACCAAGACAACUAAUGACCGGCAUACGCCUCGACGCACAGAAACACUGUCAAUAUCAGUUCGGGGAUUACGUGCUCGGGCACGAGGAAGGAGGCGACAACUCCAUGGACCCACGAGCCCGGGAUGCCAUAUACCUACGCCCAACAGGGGACGCACAGGGAGCAAUGUACCUGUUUGAUCUGAAGACCGCGCGCCGCAUCCGGAGGAAGUCGGCAACACUGGCGCACAUGACAGACACAGUCAUCAACAGAGUGGAGACAAUUGCAAGGGAGCAGAGCUCUCCCGCAGGGAUCACCUAUGGGGACUCAGCCGGAAAUGUCACCAUCCUGGAUUUGGAUACAGGAUCAGUCAGUUCUAACGACGACGACGAUGCAUCAGACAAAACUUACUCACCAUCAGACGACGACACCUCAGAGGCCUCUGACCUCUCAGGAGUGGAUUAUGACGCCGACGAGGUAACUGUGCAUGGUGAUGAGCAACAGGACACCAUGGUCAACAGCGAUUCAGUGGAAUACAGCAAUGCUGCGGAUAAUGAAUAUAAUGAGCUUGAUAGCGGGGACAAUACUGAUCCCGUAGAAAACAGUACCGAUCCUACGGUGCCAGGAGGGAUCGUGAACGAGGAAUUCAGCGUGACGAGUGAUCACAACGGAGCAGUCCCGGAAGUUCCGCGCCCAACCGACGGCGACAAUGACGAUUUUGAUAUGCCGCGCGAUCAAAGUGACAGCGAGAACGGUCCCCAUGAACGCGCAGAAGACGCGCACGACUAUGAUUAUAAUACGCCCAACGCCCGAGCUUCAACACCGGAGGACGAUUACGAUAACAGUGAGCACAAUGAGCGUAGCAACAGUACCAGCACCUACGGAGAAGGCAACACUGACUGGAGCAACACGGAAUCAGCUCAUAAUAACAACAACAGCAGCUACAGCAACAGGAGUGACGAUGAUGACAACAAUGAGUGCAGCCCAGAGGGUCUGGACGAUGGCGAAGACGGCGGUGAGUCAAGUAAUGAAGGCGGACAGCGUGUCCUGCGCCCUCGGGUAACGAGGGGACACAAUAAGUAUGGACCAGAGGAAGGAUUCACCUCAACUGUCCACCAUCGGACAGCAACAACCGUCCACCAUAACUGCUUCUUCACUGCGGGCUUCCGUGCUGCACUAACAGAGCUUGAGGAGCGCAAUGAGCGUUACAUGUUCAUUGCGACUGCCAUAGCUAAUUAUAAUAACAUAGACGCGUCUCUAGUAACCCGCCAGUAUGGCGUGAAAGCUGGCCUAAAGAUAUUCGGAACCCUAGGAGUGGAAGCAGUGCUGAGCGAGCUGAAACAGCUGCAUGAUCGGGAAGUAGUGAGCCCAGUAAAAAUCAAAGACAUGACCGAGGAAGAGGUUAAGAAGGCCCUCCCAUAUCUCAUGUUCCUCAAGCGAAAGCGCUGUGGAAAGAUUAAAGGGAGAGGGUGUGCAGAUGGAAGAUCCCAAAGGGAGUAUAUAUCAAAAGAAGACUCUUACUCACCAACUGUAUCAUUGCAUGCGCUAAUGCUAUCAUGUCUUAUCGAUGCUAUAGAAGGAAGGGAUGUGGCAACAGCAGACAUUCCCGGGGCCUUCCUCCAAACACCAAUGCCUGAAGGGGAGGUGGUUCAUCUCAAGUUUGACGGCCCAAUGGUUGAUAUCCUCUCCCGCCUAGACCGAAGCCUAUACACCCCGUAUGUGGUCAACACCAAGAGCGGUCGCAGGCUCCUAUAUGCCAGGGCAGACAAGGCUAUCUACGGAACACUAAGGGCAGCACUCCUCUUCUACCAGAAGCUCAGUGGAAAACUAAUGGAAUGGGGAUUUGAGUUGAAUCCAUAUGACGCGUGCACUGCCAACAAGGUAAUACGAGGCCACCAAUGCACCAUUGUCUGGCACGUGGAUGACCUGAAGAUCUCACACAAGAGCCCAGUGGUCGUGACAAGGGUUCUGGAUGCCCUGAACCGGGAGUUUGGCAAGGAAGCCCCACUGUCCGUGACACGGGGAAAGAUCCAUGAGUACGUUGGAAUGACCAUCGAUUACAGCGACAAKGGGAAGGUUAAAUUCAGCAUGUUUGACUACCUGGAAGGAAUCAUUGCUGACCUUACUCAGGGGCUAAGGGAGACUUGCGUGACACCAACCCCUGCGGCAGCACACCUGUUCCAGGUUAAUGAGGAUGCGGAGAAGCUCUCGACAGAGGAAGCAGACCUGUUCCACCACGUGACGGCACAGCUCUUGUUUGCGAGUAAGCGGGCCCGGCCAGAUCUUCAAACUGCUGUUUCUUUCCUAUGUACACGGGUCUCCGACCCGGAUGUGGACGAUCGAAAGAAGCUGAAACGAGUGCUUGCCUACAUGAAAGAUACCAUAUUCAUCCCACUUGUGUUGGGAUGGGAUUCAACUGGCAAUGCAAACUGGUAUGUGGAUGCAUCAUUUGCCGUACACACCGACAUGAAGAGCCACACUGGAGGAGUGUUAACAUUUGGACAAGGCGCUGUUCUGGCAAUGUCGACCAAGCAGAAGAUCAACACUAAGAGCUCAACUGAGGCCGAGCUUGUAGGAGUGGACGACACGUUACCAUACAACCUAUGGUGCUACUAUUUCCUGCAGUGGCAGGGAUACAUGGCCAAUGGGUGUCUCCCCGAAGUGGGGAGUGACGAGCGGACCACAGCCCAGCUUGGAGCAAAGAAUGUGCUCCACCAGGAUAACACCAGUGCAAUUAGACUGGAAUCAAAUGGAAAAGCGUCCAGUACUAAGAGGACUCGCCACAUAAACAUUAGAUACUUCCUAAUCACUGACAGAGUCAAGAAAGGAGAGGUAACGAUUGAAUACUGUCCAACCGGCGAUAUGAUUGCUGAUUUCUUCACUAAACCCCUACAGGGUUCCUUGUUUAGGAGGCUCAGAAACACAAUCAUGGGGAUUUCUGAGACAGACUAUCUCAACUACAAGGAGGCGUACUACACAACAAAGGAAGGAAGAAACAGGUCCGUACGCUUCGCAGACGAAUCCAAUAGUACGGUGCAAAAUGAGUGAACUUAAGCCAUCAAUAAGCCCCGCAGGAGUGU